AAAGAAUGUAGAUCGUCCUGAGACAAGUUUGAAGCUUCUUGAGUAGUGUUGAGAGCGGUGUGAGGCUCAUUGAUUGAGCGUCGCUCAGAUGUCGGACCCAAUGUGGCUGAGGAUGUGAGGCAUGCGUCGAGCGCUUCGACACAGUAGUCGUCAUAUCCAUAGUUAAAAAAAUGGUUGCUCUCAACACUAGACAAAAGCUGGAAUUCAGUUUCCCAUACGUAAUCGAAUUGCCCUUGCGCGUCGCCGAUGUCGCUUGUCCAGGGUUCUAAGUGAUGAUCAUUUUGGUCUUCUUGAAUGGGGGAAGCGCCAAGCCUAUGCUUGGCGCUGACACUCCCACGAGAUGGACCUUAAUGGCUAAGAACUCAAGUGUCUGCUGGGCAGACGAGCAUCAGAGCAACGAAGCGCAAAAGAGCGUUCUGGUAUCGAGUACCAUCGGCCUGGCAGGUGUUGAGCCAGCUGGCUUCACUAGAUAGUGGAGGAUAAUGAUAAGAGUAGUACAGAGUUU